AUGUCUGUUACGGUUGUCGUUCCCGAGGAAUAUGGGUGAGCUUGUUGACGGCCUUGCUGAGCCGCAUCGAUAGCUGACUUCACUCUAGCUAUGUUGUUGCGACAACCGCUUUUACCUUCUUCGUCAGUGUGCCAUACCCCUCAGAUCGACCAACACUGACACACGAGACAGCUCGGCCUUUGGCAUGGCGCGAGAGCGAGGCCCUUCCGAACCAAGGUCAAGAUAUGGGCUCCCAAGGCCUAUGCAGAUACCGCCGACGUAGCUGCCGCGAAACCCGAACAGAAGGACGACCUCUAUCUCUUCAACUGUGCGCAGAGAGCUCAUGCGAAUUAUGUCGAAAAUCAACCAUCCACGGCGAUUGCGAUCUUGCUCGCGGGUCUGCGAUACCCUCGGCUGAGCACGCUCCUGGGCGCGGGAUGGAUCCUUGGAAGAAUCAUAUUUGCGAUCGGGUAUACUCAGAAGAAAAAGGAGAAUGGCAGCGGCAGGAUGCUUGGAUUUGCCAUCCAAUUCCCAAUGCAGUUGAGCUUGUGGGCCCUGGCGGGUUGGACAGGUAUCAGAAUGUUGCCUUGA